AUGGCUCAAAGAAGCUUAUCCGAGAUCCUGAAAGAAGGGUCCCUCGAUCUGACCCCAUACGAGGCUCUCUACAAAUAUUUCCACGCCCACCCCGAACUCUCCCUGCAAGAGAAAUCCACCUCUGAAAGAGUAGCCACCCAUCUAGCCCAGCUCAACGCCUAUGAAACCCACACCCACAUCGGCGGCUACGGCCUCGCAGGAGUCCUCCACAACGGCCCGGGAAAAACCAUCCUCCUCCGAGCGGACAUGGACGCACUGCCCGUUCAAGAACUCACCGGAGUCCCCUAUGCAAGCACAGUCACCAUGCGUGAUGCCGAGGGGAUCGAAAAGCCCGUGAUGCAUGCCUGUGGACAUGACAUGCAUAUGACCUGUCUGCUCGCGGCGGCCGAAACUCUCGCCAAGAUGCGAGAUGUCUGGAGCGGAACGCUGAUCGUGCUCUUCCAACCGAACGAGGAACGAGGCGGCGGUGCCCAGGCUAUGGUUGAUGACGGGUUGUAUUCGAAAAUCCCCGUGCCGGAUUAUGUCUUCGGUCAGCAUGUUAUGCGCAUGCGUGCUGGUAGCAUUGGUUCCCGACCGGGUACGAUCAUGGCCGCAGCGGAUAGUAUGAAAAUCACCGUGUUCGGUCGUGGUGGGCAUGGCUCAUUGCCUCAUCAGACGGUUGAUCCGGCUUUACUUGCGGCGCAUAUCGUCGUGCGACUGCAGAGCAUCGUGAGUCGAGAGGUUGAUCCUAGUGAUCUGGCUGUGGUCACGGUGGGAAGUCUCCAAGUCGGACAGGCCGAGAAUAUCAUUGCAGAUCGGGCAGAGAUCGGACUCGACUUUCGAACAGUGAAGCUAGAGACGCGACAGAAGAUCUUGUUUGCGAUUCAGCGCAUCGUCGAGGCUGAAUGUCUCGCCAGCGGGUCCCCCAAACCGCCCAUCUUCACACCAACACGGCGUUUCCCACCAACAGAUAAUGACCACCAGGUCGCGAAUGAACUAGCCGCGUCAUUUGAACAGCACUUCAAAGACUUCGAUAACGAUACUCCUCGCACGAAUGUGAGUGAGGAUUUCUCGAAUCUAGGCCGAUGUGAAGAUCUUCCAUGCUGUUUUUGGCUCUUUGGUGGAGUUGACCCUGAACUGUGGGACCGGGUGCAUGGAGAAGAGAAUCCUAGUGAGGAGAUUGCUGGGAAUCACUCGGCGCGAUUUGCGCCGGUGAUUCAACCGACGAUGCAAGUGGGGGUGGAUGCUUUGUGUCUUGCGGCGUUGACAUUUUUGAGGAAGUAG